AUGGGCAUAUGGGAAAAGGGAAUUGCAGAAGAAGCAAAGAAGCAACUAUGGCUAGCAGGGCCAAUGGUAUUUGUGUGUGUGUUUCAGUACAGUUUACAAGUGAUAUCUCUCAUGUUUGUGGGCCAUUUGGAUGAGUUGCUUCUGGCUGGUGCUUCUCUAGCUGCUUCAUUUGUAAAUGUCACUGGUUUCAGUGUAUUGAUAGGUAUGUCUUGUGCAUUGGACACAUUUUGUGGUCAAUCAUAUGGAGCGCAGGAAUACCAUAUGGUUGGCAUACACAUGCAGAGAGCCAUAGUGGUAAUCAUGCUUGUUACUAUACCUUUGACCAUUAUUUGGGCAUUCUUGAAGCCAAUUCUAGUUGUUCUUCAUCAAGACAAAACAAUUGCAGCACAAGCUCAACUGUAUGCACGUUACUUGAUUCCAAGUCUUUCUGCCAAUGCUCUUCUUCGGUGCAUUGUUAAGUUCCUUCAAACACAAUACAUUGUGUUUCCUAUGGUGCUAGCCACUGGAUUCACUACCUUAAUACAUGUACUUUUAUCUUGGCUUUUGGUUCUAAAAUUUGAGCUUGGUAUCAAAGGAGCUGCCAUUGCAUUUUGCAUUUCAAAUUGGAUUAACACAGUACUACUAGCACUUUACAUCAAAUUCUCCUCUUCCUGCAAAAGCACUUGGACUGGUUUCUCAAGGGAGUGCUUCCAUAACAUCCCUCAAUUUCUCAGGCUUGCUUUUCCUUCAACACUCAUGGUCUGCCUAGAGAUGUGGACUUUUGAACUAAUGGUGCUCUUAUCCGGUGCUCUUCCUAAUCCAAAAUUGCAAACUUCAGUGCUUUCUAUAUGCUUUAAUACAGCUGGUAUGUUUUGGAUGAUACCCUUUGGAGUUAGUGCUGCUGUAAGCACAAGGAUCUCAAAUGAACUAGGGGCUGGCCGUCCAAAAGAUGCAUAUUUAGCUGUUAAAGUCACCUUAUUAGUAUCCUUGAUUGUUGGAGCUUUAGAAUUUACUCUCCUUAUGCUAACAAGGAACAUUUGGGGCCGUAUUUUUACCAAUGUACCUGAAGUAUUCCAUUAUAUGGCAUCUAUGACGCCAAUUCUUGCCAGCUCUGUCUUUGUAGAUUCAAUUCAAACAGCAUGCUCAGGUAUUGCCAGAGGAUGUGGUUGGCAGAAGCUUGGUGCAUAUGUCAAUCUUGGAUCCUAUUAUCUUGUAGGAGUUCCUUUUGCAAUUGUGUUAGCUUUUGUCCUCCAUAUGAAUGGAAAGGGACUCCUUUUAGGGAUUGUACUUGCACUUACUAUGCAAGGGGUGUGUUUCCUUCUAGUCACCUUACGCACCAAUUGGGAGAAAGAAGCAAAUAAAGCAGCAAUAAGAGUAAGAGGCAAAAGGGUACAAGCUGAUGCACAUUCACUGCAAAGCGAACAAAAUGCAACUCCUAGUAGUUGA